UCAAGACGGCCUUGGCCUGGACCUCUUGUCAUCGCCGUCUUUUCCUACCCGGAGUGUGUGUCCGCCGCGUCGAACGGCUCAGGACCUAGAGUGAUUAUUACAAUGGAAGAAAUCAGUAAUUUCAAGACACCAAGCAAAUUAUCUGAAAAAAGGAAAUCUGCAUUAUGUUCAACUCCAUAUAUAAAUAUACCUUCCUCUCCGUUUAUGCAGAAACUUGGCUUUGGCACAGGGGUAAAUGUCUAUCUUAUGAAAAGAUCUCCAAGAGGCUUGUCUCAUUCUCCUUGGGCUGUGAAAAAGAUUAAUACUAAAUGUAAUGGUUAUUAUCAAAGUAUGUAUCAAAAGAGACUAACUGAUGAAGCUAAGAUUUUGAAAAGCCUUCAUCAUCCAAACAUUGUAGGUUAUCGUGCUUUCGCUGAAGCCAAUGAUGGUAGUCUUUGUCUUGCUAUGGAAUACGGGGGUGAAAAGUCCCUAAAUGACUUAAUAGAAGAACGAAAUAAAGACAGCCAGGGUCCUUUUCCAGCAUCCAUAAUUUUAAAAGUUGCUUUGAAUGUGGCAAGAGGGUUAAAGUAUCUACACCAAGAAAAGAAGCUGCUUCAUGGAGAUAUAAAGUCUUCAAAUGUUGUAAUCAAAGGUGAUUUUGAAACAAUUAAAAUCUGUGAUGUAGGGGUUUCUCUACCAUUGGAUGAAAAUAUGACUGUGACCGACCCUGAGGCCUGGUAUAUUGGCACUGAGCCUUGGAAACCCAAAGAAGCUUUGGAGGAGAAGGGCGUUAUUACUGAUAAGGCAGACAUAUUUGCCUUUGGCCUUACUCUGUGGGAAAUGAUGACUUUAUGUAUCCCACACAUUGUUCUUCCAGAUGAUGAUGAUGAUGAUGAAGAUAAAACUUUUGAUGACAGUGACUUUGAUGACGAAGCGUACUACGCAGCAUUGGGAACCAGGCCGCCUAUUAACAUGGAAGAACUGGAUGAAACGUACCAGCAAGUGAUUGAACUCUUCUCUCUGUGCACUAAUGAAAAUCCUAAAGAUCGUCCUUCCGCUGGGCACAUUGUUGAAGCUUUGGAAGCAGAUGUCCAGUGAUCACCUCAGUCAUGGUGACCUGAGCUUCCAGUACGGUUCACGUACAUACUUGUUCUGUUUACUGUAAUACAUUGGUUACUAUGAGCAUCUGUAAUUAGACUUUUUGGCCCAUUUUAGGACAAUAGCACCUUGUUAACAUUUGAAUAACGAUUUCUAUUAUAAAGGUAUUUCAUGUAAACUUAUGUAUACGUUUGAGAGCAUAGUGGGUUUUCUGUGAAGUUUAGGAAACUUAAGUUUAAGAAACAAGUAUUUGAAUUUAUUCAUACAGAUUUGAAACACUAGCAAUAAAAUGCUGUAGACUUAUGUCUAACCUACUAAUUUGGGUAGUUAACCAUUUUAAUUAUCUUAAAUAUUCUCAAUUUUAAUGGGUCUGUUGAAAUUAGUACUUUGUGCAAUAGAAAAUAAGUCUACCUUUGCUUGUCUUUUAUAACAUUAAACUUUUUGCUGGCCUUUCAUCAUUGAUGUGCUUACUAAAUAUGGUCACUAGAAGCUGAGAGAAUAUGGCAAAAGAGUAACUCCUUGGGUAUUUCCAAACAUUUUUGGUUAAGGCUUGUCUUGCUCUCUUGGCUCUCCCCAGAUCUUUGGGUUUUGCUUUUCAUUUAUUAAAUGUAUUUUUCUCUACUGAGAUCCUUUUUUUAAAUUUAAUCUAUAUUUUAAACUUGUCACAGUUCUGGUGUAAAAAUAAUAAAACUAAUAGAAUGAUAUAGAAUAAAGGACAUUUUAGUUACCAGAAAGUGUAUUCUCUUAUACUCCACUGAUUUGAGUAUUGUCAUUAAACUUACUGAGUGAAUGUGAGUAGAUUUCUUUCUCUUGUCCUUAUUAUUCUAAUCUGUAAAAUGAGGGUGAUUUAGAUAAGAGGUUUCUAUCUGUGAGCCACAGCCCCCUGGGAAUUUUCAGUUAUUGUGCUUGUGAAUCUAGGUGGUAUGCUCAGACUUGAGUGUAAAAAAGUUUUAAAAUUCCUGUCACAUGGGGGAUCUUAGAUUAGGAACCACUGCGCUUUAAACAAUAUUAAAAUGCACUGGAGGGUUCCUUUUGUUUGCGAUUGUACCAAGCGAUGGUACACAUGAGCAUAUCUUCUAUCAAAAUAUUUAAGUUACUAAAGUAACUUUAAAGAAAGUAAACUGAAAGCUGACCUAAUUUAUGGAAAAAUCUUAUGUAUGAUUUUGCAUCAUAUUAUUUUCACUGUGAUUUAUGUGUUGUGUCAUUCUUAUUAGGUCUGCCAAGCUACAAAGCAGUUUUUCUCUUAACCCAUUAUCAUA